AUGGACGUGCCCUCCCCGAAUUCUUCAAAUCCGUCGGUUCCCCGCCAGCAACCGUCUCCUGCAGGCGAUCGGUCCAACUCAUCAUCUUCAAUGUCGCCGCCACCGCAGCAACAACAACAGCCAUAUCCGUACCCGGUCCAGCAGCAACAGCAGGCUGGAUGGACACCCUCCCAACCGUUUUAUCCUUCGUUUUAUCAAAAUCACCAGCAGCCUUACCCGGUCCACCCUGCGCAGGGCCAGAUGCCUCCGCAGGGUCCAUACUUUGACCCCGCUGCCAAUGCUCAGUUCGCCCAGUGGGCUUAUCAACAGAUGAUGUACAACGCUCAGCAGCCGCAUCAUUACAUGCCCUCUUCCAUGCCUGGUCAGGGACGAGGCAGGUCUGCUAGCGCAAGUUCGCCCGGAGACUAUUUCGCGCAGGGCCAGAUAGCCGGCUUUAGUCAGUUCCCGAGCGGUACCCCGACUGCUCAUCCAUCGCAGUUGCCUCCCAACCAGUUUAAUCCGGGGGCCCAGCAGAGGAAUGGGGGUAGCCCUUCUGGUGACUAUGCUGGCUUCCAUCCCUACCGCCGGCCUGCCAACCGUCAAGGUUCUCAUUCGAGUCAGGAUCCGGAAUGGCGACCACCAGGGGCUGCAGGGCCGUUCCAGCCGCCCUACGCACGCGCAGACGCGUCAGGUUCGUCUUCCUCGGUCAAUUCUACGUCUUCGAGUGGCGGCUCCCGGCAGAGGACGAGCAGUUUGCAGGGACAGUCAAAUAAUCCUGGACAAUCCAAUAGUGCCGGAUCGUCUGGUAGCACGCGCAGCCGUAACCCGCCACAGCAAGCACCUCCGUCUAGCAACACCAACGGACAUGGAAGGUCGAGCAGUACGAAUGCUUCUCCUGCUCCUGCCACGUCGUCCAGCAGUGCUUCCCCAUCAAGGCCUCAUCCUCAUACCCGUAAUCUUUCGACCUCGUCUUCCUCGUCUUCUGCUUCUCGCACUCAAGUCACAUCGCCGUCUUCUACAUCUACUACUAGCGGCACUGCGAGCCCCCACGGAAGUGCGACAGCGCGGCCGAUGAAACCAUCGCCGCUGUCGCAAGGGAACUUCACUGCAGCGGAAAAACGUAUGUCUCGCGAUGACAGCGAUUUGAGCGCAAUGCUCGACCCUGUGCCAGGCCUCUCGGAACGCAGAGGAGGUAUCAAAGGCCGUUUGCGCAGGGCACUGUCCUUGAAUGCGACCCAGACACUGCGCGAGGAGGACGAAGAUGAGCACGCGAGCGGUCCGUCUACUCGGAAGGCUGAAGCUCGCAGUAAGAGCGACUCCGGGCCGAGCAAUGGUAUCGCCGGCGAUGCCAGCGACACUGCUUCCAACGCGACUGUGCAGACCAAGAAAAAGCGAUUCGUCUUCAAUUCCCGGUUUAACCGCUCGACUGAUAACAUAUCUAUCUCCUCCGUCUCGUCUUCUGCCUCCGUUAUGAUACGCAAGAUUGGUUCUCUUGGAAAGCUUGCUAGACGUAACUCCCUUGCUGGUAUUACGUCGAUCUUCAAAGAUAAGAAGGAUAAGGAGGAGGCAGAGGAGUCUGGGAAGAAGGGUAAAAAGAAGAAAGGCAAGAGCGAGGUAUCUGAACCGAGUGUGUCGCAUGCCACGGCGGAAUUCGAUAGAGGUGAAUGGGACGGCGCCGACCUCAGUGGGUUGAGUCCUGCUGCUAGGUUGGCGCGACAGCAUACUCUGAAGAGCAAUGCGGAAGCAGCUGCGAGGGCCAAGGCCCAGCAGGAAGCUGUUGCGAAGGGUCAGAACAACGAACUCCCGACGACAUGGGAGAAGAAUACGACUAACCGGGACCACCUUCCCGCAGGUACUGUGGCGGUCGGCGAGGAUGGCACGAGGUACAUGGGUGACGACGAUGACUCUGGGAGUGAGGAUGGUACGUAUGAUGAUCAACAUGGACGACCGCAUUACGGUGGUGAAGGCUGGGACGAUGGCCAGAACUGGGGUGAGGAAGAGGAAGAUGAAGACGUUACCAUCAGAAUGGGCCUGGAAAGCACGGCGCUCGAUGAUGAUUACGAUGGAGAGGUCGAGCCUUGGGCAACCAAUGUUCGGAGGAGUGUUGAGAAGGCACGCAAGCCUGCCAAAGGUAUCCUGAAAAAAGAUGCCAAUUAUUCUCAAGAUGCCUAUCUUGACCAGCCCCCUCCGUCUAUUCCCCGCGCUCGUUCUAACUCGUACAAUUCUCAUCCAGCCUCUUCAUCGGAGCUGGGUCCUCUUGCGCGGAUUCCAUCUCCCGACCCAGAUCAUAUCGAUGGCCUGCACCGACACGGUUCCCAGUCUUCUCACCACUCGCCCGCAGCUGAUAGUUCUACGCAUCCGUUAUUCGAAGCAGGUGCUAAGAAAGAAGCGGCAGAGUCCAGCGGUUCGCAUGAGAAGGGUCUUUUCAAUCACUCCAAUUCAUCAGCACCAGCAUUGUCGACCGUCUUCUCCAAUGGGCCCCCUACAUUACAACAUCGGUCUGCAACUGCUCCAGCGAAGCGACUCGCAUUUGCGUCGAAUCUGUCGGUAUACGACACGUUCGCGCCCUCUGUUUACGACCGACGAAGCGAGCCCGCGACAUGGAGUAGAUUGACUCCGGCGUUGGCUCAGCGCAUAAAGGAGGAGCUCAACUCCUACAAAAUGGAGGAGAUGGAGGUGCAUGCCGCCAGCCGAAUCCACACUCAAUUCUUCGUCUGA